AUGCCUGCGAUCGGACCCAAACUACCUAACGAGAGGAGACGGAGGCGGCCUCGCUCGGACUCUUUCUCGUCUCGGUCAUCGUACGAUUGCCCAUCAUCACAGUCAAGCUCCUCAUCACGGAAGCGCUCAGGCUCGCCAUCGGGCUCGGACGCAUCGACUGGCCUAGGACCAAGUGUUGCAGGACCACAUUUCCCUGCCGGUUUCCGCCAGUCUCGCUUGCGAUCCAACUCCAGAUCAAGCUGCGACUCGAAAGCCUCAUCUUCGGAGGACGAGGGACGAUGGGUCGGACCUGUCCUUCCUACCGCCUCAUCUUCACAGGACGAUGGCCUCAGCGCAGGCGCCAGAGCGUUCCUCGAAAGAGAAGCCAGGAAGAAUGCAGCAGCUGAAGAGGCCAAGCUAGCAGCAGAAAAGGGAGCCAACUCGCGACCGGAAUGGAUGCUUCUGCCUCCUUCUCUUUCGAAUGCGUCCUCGUUGCAGGCUGUGGCAGGCGAUCCACUGAAUCUCAAGUCGAGAGGGUUUGCGCAAUCGACGCCUCGUGUAUGUGGUCGUGGUGGAGGUAGAGCGUCAGAUGCUGAUACGAGUCUAUGGACUGAAACACCUGAAGAAAGGGUGAAGCGAAUGCAAGACCAAGUGUCGGGUGUUAGAUCCAAGGAUGGCACCAAUCUGGGCGAGAAGGAGCGACUGGAAAGGGAGAUGAUUGCCAGAAGAGAGGCAAUAAGAGAAGAAAGCAUCGCAGCCAGCCUAGCAGAAGGAAGAGGGAAAAAGUCGCUUCUCGAACAACACAACGAACGCCGAAAGAAGGAAAUCCAAGAGGCUAGACAAAAGAGAAGCAGAGAGAAGGGCAAAAGAAGAGAAGAGCAAGAGCAUCCCAACCCUCCUCGGUCUUCCGCACACCGCAGAGAUAGUCCGAGACGCCGAUGCAGGUCACCUGACAGAAAGGACAAAGGUCGACACGGCUCUUGCCGCUCUUCUUCUUGGCAUCGCCAUCGGAGCUCCCGACACAGUGACUCACAUUCUUCCCACGGUUCGCGCCAUCGCUCCCACCGACAUUCGGAUGCUUCCGAAGAUGAUCAUGAGAGGCGUAGAGAGAGAAGAGAGGGAAGAGAGGGAAGAGAGGGAAGAGAGAGAAGGAAGAGCGAGUCGGAUCAUCGCCGAGACAAAGAUAAGCGCAAGGACAAGGAUAGCAACAAAGACAAGGAGCGGAAAAAGUCACGCAAGCAAAGGGAAGAAGAAGAGGUGAGAGAGGGCAAGGCGGCUGCUCCUCUGAUCUGGGAUCGAGAAGCAGCUCUCAGUAUCGGUGGCAAACUGAUGGAUGAGAAGAAGAGAGGAAAGAUGAUUGCAGAUGCCAAUGCUUUGGGAGAUCGAUUUGGUAGCGGAUCUCGUCGUUUCUUGUAG